AGCCCCGGAAAAUAAAUUUCUGUGUGAGCCACCCAGUCUGUGGCAUUUUGUUACGGAAAACCUAUCAGAGAAAUACAGGCUUUCAAUGUUUUAGUUUGUACCGCCCCUUGUUUAUCCUGCUCAUUUUUUUUAAUCUAAAAUGCAAAUGAAGCUGUGCAAGGUGGCACUUGCUGUAAUCCCUAAACUCUGGGAGGUUAAGGCAGAAGGGUGAGAAUUUGAGCCCCGCCCGGGCAAUUUAUCGAGACCCUGUCUCAAGAAAAAAAAAGUUAAAUGAGCGGAGGUGGGGUGGGGACGCAGCAUAGGACGAAGGCCCUGGGGCGCUCUUUCUGCUCCCCCUAUCGGCUGCUCCAGGAAUUGAGUGGUUGGUCGAACUCACACCCUUCCCGCCCCUGGCCGAAAAGCGGAUUCCUCGGAUCUUUAUUCACCUGCUCCGCCCGGUAGCAACCCCUUCGCCUGGGGUCUGGGCAAGCCAACACAACGGCGCAUUGAGGAGGAGACGCGGGCGGCCACGUGGGUUUGGGGGAUGAUCCGGCAGAGCACAGCUGGCCGGCGGGACCCCGCGGGGAAGGGAAGCUUUCUUCCCAGCCUUUUGCUGCCCGGAAAUCCCCCGGCGCUCAGACUGCCGGUGGCCUGGGGUCCUGACGAAGGAUGGCGAGGGGGUGGAGGUGAUGUAAUGUGGGGGAGGGGAGGGGAGUUCGAGCAGCACUUCCCUCGGUUCGCGGGGUCGGACGAAAGUAGAGCCGGGCGAGCUGGCACCUGUAAUCUCAGCACUCGGGAGGCUGAGGCAUCCCUGAGCGUUCAUCCCUGAGGCCAACCUGAACUACGUAGGAGGCCCUGUCAAAAAUAAAAGUAGAAGUGAGCUCUGCUCCUAGAGUCACAGGCGGAGCUCCCCGGGAGCGUGAGUAGCGCGGAUCGGGGAAGAGAAACUUGUGGGCAGGGUGGGCAGUGGUGGGAGGAGAGUCCCGUCCGCCGACCCCGCUUUGAAGCGCUCGGAGGAGGGUCCCUAGAUCGAGGCCGGAGGCGGGGGCCACGACCUGGCCCGCCCCUUCGCAGGCUGAACGUCCCAAGAUUGGGCCAUCGGCCCCGCCGCGCCCUGCCCACCUGGCCCUAGGGUAGAUGGAAGACAGGACCACGCCCAGGACCCCGGGCAGCGGCCGCAGCGGACCAGCGCCCUCUCAGCCCUCCUGGGACCCCCAACCCCACUGGGGCCCUGCGCGCGACUCCCGCCCCCUGGACCCUCAGCUGUCGCUGCCCGGUUCUAUCCCCUCCCUCUAACGCGCUCUCUGGAUCCGGGUCCCCUCCUGCCCACCCUUCCUACCCUGCGCCGGGUCCCCUGGCCCUCUCUGGGCCCCUCAGCUCCUCCCGCAGGUCCCCUCGGCGGCCGGGGUGAAGCCCUCUGCCCAGGCUGGAGAACGCCAUGCAGCCGCGGGCACUCGGGCUCCUCCUGCCGCUGCUCCUGACGCUCCUGCGGUGUCUGGCGCGCGCCCCGAAGCCCUCGGCGCAGGACGUGAGCCUGGGCGUGGACUGGCUGACCCGUUAUGGCUACCUGCCACCACCUCACCCCGCCCAGGCCCAGCUGCAGAGCCCUGCGAAGCUGCGGGAUGCCAUCAAAGUCAUGCAGAGAUUUGCUGGGCUGCCCGAAACAGGUCUCAUGGACCCAGUGACAAUCGCCACCAUGCAUAAACCCCGCUGCUCCCUGCCUGAUGUGCUUGGUCCGGCAGGCCUUGUCAGACGUCGCAGGCGCUAUGCUCUGGGUGGCAGUGUGUGGAAGAAGCGCACUCUGACGUGGAGGGUCCAGUCCUUCCCCCAGAGCUCACAGCUGAGCCGGGAGACUGUGCGAACCCUUGUGAGCUACGCCCUGACUGCCUGGGCCAUCGAGUCAGACCUCGCGUUCCAAGAGGUGUCCUCUCAGCACCAGGAGCCUGACAUCCUCAUCAACUUCGCCCGGGGCUACCACCAAGACAGUUACCCCUUUGAUGGGCUGGGCGGCACUUUAGCCCAUGCCUUUUUCCCCGGGGAGCACCCCAUCUCUGGGGACACUCACUUCGAUGAUGAGGAGAUCUGGACAUUUGGGUCAAAAGAUGGUGAGGGGACUGACCUCUUUGCUGUGGCAGUUCACGAGUUUGGCCACGUCCUGGGCCUGGGUCACUCCUCCGCACCCGACUCCAUUAUGAGGCCCUUCUACCAGGGCCCAGUAGGCGACCCGCACAAGUACCGCCUGUCCCCGGAUGACCGCGAGGGCCUGCAGCAGCUGUAUGGGAAACCAGCCCAGACCCCAAGUGACAAGCCCACAAGGAAACCCCUGGUUCCUUCUCCCCAGCCCCCAGCCCUGACCCCUGACAGCCCCUCCACACCUGUCCCUGAUAGAUGUGAGGGCAAUUUUGACGCCAUUGCCAACAUCCGAGGUGAAACUUUCUUCUUCAAAGGCCCCUGGUUUUGGCGCCUCCAGCCCUCAGGACAGCUGGUGUCCCACCGCCCUGCCAGGCUGCACCGCUUCUGGGAGGGGCUGCCCAGCGACGUGAAGGUCAUUCAGGCCGCCUACGCCCGCCACCGAGACGGCCGAAUCCUCCUCUUCAGCGGCCCCCAGUUCUGGGUGUUCCGCGACCGGCAAGUGGAGGGCGCCGCGCAGCCGCUCUCGGAGCUGGGGCUGCCCGCGGGCGAGGAGGUGGACGCCGUGUUCUCGUGGCCGCUUAACGGGAAGACCUACCUGAUCCGCGGCCGGCAGUACUGGCGCUUCGACGAGGCGGCCGCGCGCCCGGACCCUGGCUACCCACGCGACCUGAGCCUCUGGGAAGGGGCGCCGCCCGCCCCGGACGAUGUCACCGUCAGCAAUGCAGGUGACACCUACUUUUUCAAGGGCGUCCACUACUGGCGCUUUCCCAAAGGCAGCGUCAAGACCGACCCGGACUCCCCGCAGCCCAUGGGGCCCGAGUGGCUGGACUGUCCUGCCCCAAACGCUGGUCCUCGAAGCCCCGUGGCCCCCAAGACCCCCAAAACAACCCCCAAGUCCGGAACCUGCGAUUGUCAGUGCGAGAUCAAUCUGGCCCCAAGGUGGCUGCCCGAGCCCCUCCUGCUGCCCCUCCUGCUCCUGUUGGCGGGAGGGGUCUCCUGCUGCUGACGGGGGACAUCCUGGGCCUCCAUCCCGGGACCAGUGUGGGGUUGUGAGCCACGGCCGAGCCCCAGGGUGCGUUCCCACUGCGGGACUACCCCGGCGCGGAGCUGGGGGGAGGCCUUGAGGUGGGGGAGGGGGUGCAGCCUGGACCUGGCCACCCACCCACCUGCCCCCCGCGAGCUCUCGGCUGCACCGGAGGACACCUGCAGGCGGGAACCCGUCGCCAGGGGGCGCACGCACACUGAGGCAAUAGUCCGCACCGCCCCUCACUGUCGGCCCCUGAAGCCACCAGGGGGCGGUACGGACCCUCCCUCCUGAGCCCAGAAGGAACCUGGACGCAGUGAGCUUGGCUCCGGAGCUUGGGCAAGGGCCCCAGCAGAGCUGGUGGAUUGGACGCAGGACGUCCCCUUGGCGGUUCACAGGAAGGGAACUCCGUCCCCGGCCACGAUGACACGGCAGGACUCUCCUUUUCCCGGAACAGCCGGGCUUUCUCAGAACUGUCUGUGGAUCUCCCCAGCCUCCCCCCCCCCCUCCUGGGACUGUGAGCAGCGUCUGAUUGGGCCGACAGCAGAUCAGAUCAGGACGUUGAGUUGCGCCCCUUCCUCCCCUGCUCCGUGUCUUCAAACCUGCUUGGUCCUCUCACCCUGUUCUGCUCCUACCACACCUCACUACUGUGAGCUCCCCAUGGUGGAGCUCCAAAGCAAGACGAGACCUCGCCCAGAGCCCAUGCCUCACACCCUGGAUGACUUCAGUGACCAUAGGGGCAACCCUUCCCACCUCUGGCCUGCUUCACCUCCAGGCACCCUCACCCCAGGGCACACAGCCUGGGCACCACCCCAAAACCAGCGGUCUCCUAAAGUGAACAUCCUCUCUGCCCCUCUGCCACUUCACCGAAGUGCCCACGACUUUGCUCUAGAACAGCGUGGCUCCUACAGUGCUGCUAGUGGGCAGGGCGGAUUCUGCUCAGCCAUGCCUCCCCAGCACUCCUGGCGGGCCCUAGAGGUAGUUCUAGGGUGAGGAAUAGAUGAGACCUGGGGCACCUCAUCACCCCUACACCCCACAUUCAGGACCUGCACCUAUGUUUCUGGAAUAUUCCAUAACAGAAAUCACCCGUGGAGGGGCUGGGGAUAUAGCUCAGUGGCACAAGCGCCUGCUUGGCAAGUGUAAGGUCCUGAGUUCGAUUCCCGGUACCAAAAAAAUAAAGAGAAGUCACCUGUGGGAAUUAAAAAUGCAGAUUCAAUCCCAAUUCGGGAUGAAGUCAGAAUCUGCUUGGGCGGGACCUGUGCCCUGACGGCCCAAAGAGCCGGCUGCGUCGUGGCUUUGCUGUCGUCCCUCCAGGCACCAGCCUCUUCCAUAUUCUCUACUGGGCCAGGCUGACGGCCUGGGUUGAGAGGAGUCCAUUCCCCUCAGGGCUGAGUCACUUAGAGGGCCACUUUGUGGUUUCUGUCUAGUCCCACUGGUCCCGUAGUGCUUUGGGGAGCCCUGGCCAUGGACAACACUUAAAGAAACCAGAAGUUGGCCACACUUGUUCCUGACCCCCAGAUCGGCAUGAGAACAAGAGUCAGGCCUCCCCCACCAGUUUAUAACCUGAUGAAUAAGCCCCUGGGGAGCCAUCUGGCCCUGUGUCAGAGUCCUUUCCAAGUAGGGGGAGAGGGAAACAGCCCCACUCUGGAGAAUGAAAAUAGAAAAAGCUCUUCAUUCCUUCUGAGCAUUGAUGAUCCUGGGCUGAACUUUGGUGGCAGUAACGGGACAGACCCGAAUUGCUCUGCUCUGCGGAGGUUGGAAUGAAUCCAGGAUUGUUGGGGCAGGGGGUAUUAAGUAGAAAGAGGAGGAGGAAGCAGAGGGAGGAACCAAAAGUUGACUGAGGGGAAGCCCAGAGGAAAGAUGAGAAGCCAAGAUGUUUUCACGGCUCCAUGUAGACUCCAGUCAUGAAAUCUGGACUCAUUAGUCUUUAUUGACUACUACACAAAAAUGUAUCAAAGUGAUUUCCUUUUAUUUUCCAAAUGGUACAGUAAAACAUGGUACAAUCCCA